UUCCGGUUCCAGCACUUAUGGAGACUUAAUUUGGCGACUCAAAUUAGACUCGCCAAUCACAACAAAUAGAGAGUUUUCAUUUCGAAUCAAUAGGGAGGUAAAACCGUGGGUGGAUUGGAAAUGUCCACCGCGGUCAAUUACUAUAUUUUUCCUUCAUGGCUUCGUCCGCAGCCUUCGAUAUUUUUCCUUCAUGGCUUCGUCCACAUGCUUGCACAAUUGCACAGUGAUACAAUUUCUCCAUCCAUGGCCACCAAAAUGGUGGCCUUUCUUCUAUUGCUUCUCCUCCAUCUCCGGUGCUCCGUGGCUCAAGUGUCCACCGAAAAUCGCAACGGAAACUACAACUACUACGGGCGCCGGUUCAACCCGACGUUGGCCGUCGUCAUCGUCGUCAUCGCCGGCACCUUCUUCUUCCUCGCCGCCUUCGCUAUCUUCCUCCGCCGGUGCAGCGGCGAAGAUGACUUCGCCGGCGCCUUCUUCCGCGGCUCCGUGCGAAGGGAUGGCGGCGGGUCCGCUUCACGCCGGCGGGGGCAGGGGCUGAGUCAGGAGGCGCUGGAGAAGUUGCCGAGGAUGAGGUUCACGGAGGCGAAGGGGCUGAAGGGAGUCGCGCCGGAGUGCGCGGUGUGCCUCAGCGAGUUCGAGGACGACGAGGAGCUGGUGCGGCUCCGCCCGGGGUGCGGACACGUGUUCCACGCUGAUUGUAUAACCGCCUGGCUCGCCUCCCACGUCAGCUGCCCCGUCUGCCGAGCGAACCUUGCUGAGCUGGCGGCUGAGGCCACGACCGCCGGCGAGCCGCAGGCUCACACGGCGAUCGUGGUGGACGAAGCAGAGGAGGCGGUGGAGCUCGCGCGACUGGGAAGACAGAGGCGGGAGGCGAGGUCCACGUCAGGGAGGCGUCCGACCACGUGGUUCCCGCGGUCUCACUCGACCGGGCACUCGGCGACUGUCCGUCCAACGGCUGUGGAAGAGGGUGCUGACGUCGAAAGGGCCGUCGUCGCCGAAAGGAACCAGUGGCCAUCGGUCUUCUUGCGGUCUCUCUCUGCGAGGCUACCGGAGUGGGCGGGGAGGAGGAGGGGAGACGAGGAGGGGGUGAACUCCAGGGGAGGUAGGUCGGCUGCCGCUACUGACGCCGGGUCUUCCUCCACUUCUUUCCCGCCGUCGCAAGUUUGACCAGUAGGGGAAGCAGCACUAUUCUUAUUCUUUGGUGUUGACUUUAUCGGUUUCUUCCAUUUUUUCCUUCUAUUUCUUCAUCGACUAAAAGAGCACUACAGAUAUGCAAUGUACAUAUAUAUGUAGUUAUUACUCUAUAAAAG